AUGACAAAGAAUCAGUGUUCCUCGUGCUCAUGGGGGAGCUCUCAUGGUGCUUCAUCAUCAAGAGGAAUGGUUGGCAGCGAAAUGUGCUAUUGUGGAGAGCUUGCCGUAUUGAGAGUGGCAAAAACUCCUAAGAACCAGGGNAAGCAUUUUUGGGGNUGCCCUAAUUANAGGCGNAGUNGUUAUGAAGAAGUGCGAGGAUGNAAUUUCUUCAAAUGGCACAUUGAAGAUAAUGGAGAUGAAAGGGAUACUACAAUUGGAUGGCAAAGGAGAAAGAUCAUUAAUUUGGAAAGAUCACUUUUGGUUUGUCAGAAAAGGGAGAAGGUUGCUGGUGUGGUGUACCUUCUUGGGGUUGCUGGUGUGGUGUACCUUCUUGGGGUUGCUGUUGAUUUGCUUGAGGGCAGUUACAUCUUCUAUGCCCUACUUGUCUGCAUAUGGAACAUUUCUUAG